AUGCUCCGAGAAGUAAAACCCAAGAACGCGCGCACCGCGCGCAUCCUCAAAGCCAAAGAGCCGCAACUUAUCGAGCCCCCGAAACGGACUCUUCUCCUUCACGGAUCGAAAUGCCCUCAACCGCUGCACACGGUGCUGAAGACCUUCCACUCGCUGACUCGGCCCAACUCGGUUCUAUUCCACAAGAAGAAUGCCAACAUCCACCCGUUCGAGAGCGUUGAGAGCCUGGAGUUUUUGGCCGACAAGAACGAGUGCGGUAUGGUCGUGUUCGGAAGCAGCAACAAGAAGCGCCCCAACUGCCUGACGCUGGCCCGGGUGUUCAAUUCCAAGAUCCUGGAUAUGUGUGAGCUGUUGUUGUUGCCGAAUCAGGACCAGACGGCUGGAUUGGAGAGUCUGCAGAUUGGUAUUGGCAUGCGGCCGAUGCUGUUGUUCUCGGGCAGUGCUUGGGAUGAUGAAACGUCGACGGCGCAUGUUAUGUUGAAGAGCAUGUUUGUGGAUAUGUUCAAGGGAGAGACGAGUGAUAAAAUUGAUGUUGAGGGUUUGCAGUAUGUGUUGAUGAUUGGCGCGGAGGAGGCCACGGACGGACUGGCGCCUGUUGUGCACCUUCGCUGGUACAAGUUGCGGACGAAGCGCAGUGGGCAUAAGUUGCCUCGUGUGGAGUUGGAUGAGAUUGGUCCUAAGUUUGACUUCAAGGUUGGACGUCUGCAAGAGGCGCCGAGGGAGGUCAUGAAGGAGGCCAUGAAGCAGGGUAAGAGGCCGAAUGAGGAGAUCAAGCUCAAGAAGAACAUUGGAUUGGAUUCGAUCGGUGAUAAGAUCGGUCGCGUGCAUCUGGGUAAGCAGGAUCUUAGCGGUCUGCAGACUCGUAAGAUGAAGGGUUUGAAGCGUCGUGCUGGUGUCGAGUCGGAUGACGAGGAGGGCGAUGCCGAUAUGAUGGAUGUGGAUGAGAUCUCGGAGGAUGAGGGACGCAAGCGGACGAAGACGGCUUGA